UCUAAAAAUGUAUAAGAGACGAAGUUGAAGUCAAAUUUAAAUGAUGCAAUAUAAAAUUAUUUAAUUUUCUAAGAUUUUAGUAUUUUUUUUACUGAAACAUGGUUGUUUAACUAUUUAGUGCCACUAUUAUCUGUGUCUCAGAAAUUAAAACCUUAAUUAUCUAUAACUAGUUUUUGAAUUUUCGCCCGUAAAAAGUGCAAUGUCUCUAAUGGAAAAGAAAGCCGGUUCUGUCUUGGAACCGAAAAAAACUGAUUUAUAUUUUAAGUCUUUUAUUGCUGGAGGUGUUGCAUGCAUGUGUUCAAAAAGUGCUGUUGCUCCCUUAGAUCGUAUUAAAAUAUUAUUCCAAGCUCACAAUCAACACUAUAAACAUCUAGAAGCUGCACUAGAAGUUAGGCAGAGUGAUAUGAAACUAAACUCAGCGGUGAUCAAAAACACGUUUGGACCAUCUCAUGCUUCAAAAUUUUUUGCUGGUUCGGCAGCUGGGGUAACUGCUUCAAUAAUGACUUAUCCAUUAGAUGUUGUGAGAGCACGUUUGGCAUUUCAAGUUACUGGUGAACAUGUAUAUUCUGGAAUUUGCAAUACACUUAGUUUAAUGUUUAGAAGAGAAGGAGGUAUCUCUGCUCUUUAUAAAGGCUUGUCACCUACAAUUCUUGCCAAGAUUCCAUCAGCAGGUCUCUCUUUCUAUGUGUUUGAGCGUAGCAAGGCUUUAUUAUUGGAAUAUAGGCCAGAAUUAUGUGGUCGAUCUCAUUCAAGUAGCAGUGGAGGCAUAGUUCUAACAUUACCUGCUAAAUUAUUUUGUGGUGGCCUUGCAGGCGGUAUUGCACAAACUGUAUCCUACCCACUGGAUGUUGCUCGCAGAAAAAUGCAGUUAGGCACAAUGACAGCUGAAACUCAAAAAUUUGGGAGAGGACUUGUUGAGAUAUUGGUACUUACAUACAAAAAAGAUGGCAUAGCAAAUGGACUUUUUAGGGGAAUGACCAUUAACUACUUACGAGUUGUCCCAAUGAUGGCUGUAUCAUUAUCCACAUAUGAAUUAGGGAAACAAAUAUUUGGAUUAGACACUGGUAUUGACUCUUGAUCUGGUAAAAAAGAGAGAGAAGCUUCUUUGUAUAUUAUCAUUGGAAGCCUGCGAAACUCCAAGUAUUGCAUGUAUUUUUGCCAUAAAAACUGUGAUGAAAUCGGUGCUUGCAGUUAUUUUUACUAGUCAAAAUUAAUGAAUGUGUAUAUGCUAUGUAUAGUAUUUCUUGUGCAUUUGUUCAUUUGUAGGAUUUAAAGUUAUCAUUUUUUGAUUCUAUUAGAUUUUUAAAGUUAUAUUUAUUUUGUUUU